CCUGCGGAGACGGAAACUCUUGUCAACGGCAAUCACCCCGCAAAGGACCAGCCUCUGGCCGCCGCUACCGCCGCCACCUCUACUACACAUGAACAACAGGAUGCAAACGCUUCGGAUCACACGGCCGCGUCAUCAGUCACACUCAACGAUGCGUCUCCUCAUGUAAUACCGCCGUACUUCAAUGGCGGCCGUCUUGCGCGGACAGAUUCAGCUACAAUAUCCAUAGGACGUGGUAUAGAUCUGGUUGAUCAAUCGGAUGAGGACCAUGAAAGUGGGCGAGCGUGUUGGGCAAGCAAUGUCUCCGUUGAUGAUUACGUGGUUGUAAGUGGUCCUACGGGGAUAGGUGCAUAUGUCGUAUGGAAUUGUACAAUCGAGACCUUUAAAGGUGGCAGUAUCACUCUUCGAANNAAAGGUUUAUACUCCGAGUUCGAUAGCCUCAGGCAGAGCCUUGUAAGAGCAUUUCCUCUCUCCGAAGCCUCCAUCCCAGAGCUACCCAGGAAGAGUCUUUUUUCACGAUCCCCGAUAGUCACGGAGUUCAUCAACACUUGA